AUGGCUGUUGACUUUGCCCAGGUCCUGGCUGAGAUUGGGGGCUUCAGGGCCUUCCAGAUCCGGCUCAUCAUCCUAAUGUGCAUCCCCAACUUCUUGAUAGCCUACUACAUGUUUGCCCAGGUCUUCAUGGUUUUGGACGAGCCCCACCACUGUGCCCCUGCUCGCUGGGUCCAGAACUAUGGGCUGAACCUGACCGCUGAGGAGAGGCUGAAUCUCAGUGUGCCUAGGACUGAGACUGGUGAUUUUGAGUCCUGCCUCAUGUAUGCACCACCCCCAGAAGGCUGGAGCCUCGAUGACAUCUACCAGUACGGCCUCAAUGACACGCAGUCUUGCCAGGAGGGCUGGGAGUACCCAGAAAAGAAGCCGCUCUCCCUGGAAAAUGAGUUUGACCUGGUCUGUGAGCGGAAGCAUGAAAAGGAGACCUCCCAGUCUGUGUACAUGGCUGGCCUUCUCGUGGGGGCGAUGAUCUUUGGGCCUCUCUGUGACAGGAUUGGCCGCAGGCCCACCAUGCUGAUCUUGUUGCUUCUCGUCGCUGUGUUUGGCAUCGGCACGGCCUUCGUCCCUGACUUCUACCUCUACAUGAUUUUCCGGUUUGCCGUGGCCACGGCAGUGGCCGGCUUUACCUUCAGCAACGUCACGUUGAGCACAGAGUGGGUCAGUGCCUCCAGGAGGACUCAUACUGUAGUCAUCUGCCAAUGCUGCUUCUCACUGGGGCAGAUGGCCCUGGCCGGCCUGGCCUAUGGAUUUCGAAACUGGAGGCUAUUACAGAUCGUGGGCACGUCCCCUAUGUUACUACUGUUCUUCUAUUGGUGGGUGCUUCCUGAAUCUGCAAGGUGGCUCCUGACCCAAGGCAGAGUGGAGGAGGCCAAGGAACUGAUCCAGAAAGCAGCCUCGAUAAACAAACGUGGCGUGUCUUCUGAGACCCUCGACCAGCUAACUCCAGAGAAGAAAGGACCCAAGGGAAAUGCUCUGGACCUGUUCCAGCACCGGCAGCUCCGGAAGGUGACGCUCAUUCUGUUCUGUGUCUGGUUCGUGGACAGCCUCGGCUACUACGGCCUGAGCUUCAGUGUGGGAGACUUUGGUGUGGACAUCUACCUGACACAGCUGAUCUUCGGGGCUGUGGAGGUGCCUUCACGCCUGGCCAGCAUCUUCAUUUCGCAGAAGUUUGGCAGGAGGAAGAGCCUGAUGGGGAUGCUGAUCACGGGUGGACUCAUGUGCCUCAUCAUCAUCUUCAUACCCUCAAAUUAUCCUACCAUCACCACAGUGCUGGCUGUGGUAGGGAAGUUUACCACAGCCGCAGCGUUCACCAUCUCCUACGUGUACUCAGCAGAGCUUUUCCCCACUGUCAUCAGGCAGACAGGAAUGGGGCUGGUGGCCAUCUUCUCCCGGAUCGCAGGCAUCCUCACGCCCCUGGUGACCCUCCUGGAGGAGUACCAUGCCUCCAUCCCCAUGGCCAUCUAUGGAACCUUACCAGUCCUGGUUGGGAUCCUCUGUGUGAUGCUUCCUGAAACUAAAGGGAAUCCCCUAAAGGACAAUAUAGCUGACCUGGAGCCAACACCCCCCAAAGGGCCCCAGAAUCCGGAGCCUGAUUCCACUGACAUAGGAGCAGUGUCUGCCCAGGAGAAUGGCACUGUGGGCCAUUCCAACACUACUUACUGCUGA